UGCCCUCCUUCCACUAUAAACUCCUGUCUCCCUUGUAUAUCUGUGUGUCUUCUUUCCUUGUGGCCCAUCUCUUUCUCUUUGCCUGUCCACCUGUCCACCUGCUCCCUGGCUUCUUUUUUUCCCCCCAGACUGCGAAGUGUGAAGAUGGAGCAAAGAAAGCUGAAUGAUCAAGCAAACACACUGGUGGACUUAGCAAAGACACAGAAUGUGAUGUACGACCUUGUCUCAGAGCUGCAGGAGCGCAGUGAGGAGCUAGAAAAGCGGAUCGGUCACCUAGAGGCAAAACUGGACUCCAUAAACAGCAGUCUGCAGGCUCUGCCUGGCCUGCUCUCACAAGCCAUACAGCAGCAACAGCACCACCUGCUGGACGGGCUGACCCAGCGCGGGUUCACUCUCACGCGACCCUCCUCGCAGACCUCCGAACGCUCCUGGGCGUCAUCCGUGCACCGGCGGAGAUCACCCUCUACCGCACCACACACGUCCUCCGAUAGCGGCUAGCACGCUCUCACACACUCAAAACCAUACUCUAAACCUA